AUGGUGCACGUGAGCUUCUAUCGCAACUAUGGUAAGACUUUCAAGAAGCCAAGGCGUCCGUAUGAGAAGGAGCGCCUUGAUGCUGAGCUGAAAUUGGUGGGUGAGUAUGGCUUGAGGUGCAAGCGUGAGCUGUGGCGUGUGCAGUAUGCCCUCAGCCGCAUCCGAAAUGCUGCAAGGGAGCUGCUCACCCUCGAUGAGAAGAAUCCCCGCCGUAUCUUUGAGGGCGAGGCACUCCUGCGCCGCAUGAACCGCUAUGGUCUUCUUGGCGAGGGUCAGAACAAGCUUGAUUAUGUGCUUGCGCUCACUGUUGAGAACUUCCUGCAGCGCCGCCUUCAGACCAUUGUCUUCAAGAAUGGCAUGGCGAAGUCCAUUCAUCAUGCUCGUGUGCUCAUCAGGCAACGCCACAUUAGAGUUGGGAGGCAACUUGUCAACAUUCCCUCAUUCAUGGUGAGAGUUGACUCAGAGAAGCACAUUGACUUCUCCCUUACCAGCCCACUUGGUGGUGGUGAACCUGGAAGGGUGAAGAGAAAGAACUCAAAGAAGGCUUCUGGUGGAGGCGGUGAUGAUGAGGAGGAAGAGUGA